AACGGCCUUGUCCCCAGCUUGUCGAAUCGAGACAUGGAGUUUCUAUCGUUGGCUCUGCUCCUCGUCGCGAUCACGGUUAUCGUCUAUUAUUGCUGCUUCGUCAGGAAAAGUUUCAAUCUGUUCCAAGAGCACGGUAUACUUCACGUCCCACCGUCCCCGAUCGUGGGUAAUUUGGGCCCGUUGAUCAGAGGAAAGGAGAACAUAUGCGACACGAUUCAAAGGAUAUAUAAUAUCCAUCCCGACGCCAAGUAUGUAGGGAUGUUCGAAAUGUUCAACCCCAUAAUAAUAAUACGCGACCUGGACCUGAUCAAGAGCAUCACAAUGAAGAAUUUCGACCAAUUUCCCGAUCAUCGCACCAUAUUUCACAAGAGCGUGGACCCGAUGCUCGGUGAAAUGUUGUUCAUCAUGGACGGCGAGGAAUGGAAGGAACACAGGUCCUUGCUGUCGCCCACUUUCACCUCGAGCAAGAUAAAAAUUAUGUUCCUACAAAUGUCCAUGUGCGCAAAGAGAUUCGCCCAACACUUAUCCAAACUGCCCGAGAAUGAGAGAGAAAUGGAUAUGAAGGCGUUGCUCACCAGAUACACAAACGACGUGAUCGCGAGCUGCAUAUACGGCGUGAACGUGGACUCGAUAAAGGAGCCCAAGAACGUGUUCUACAUGUACGGCAGAGUGGGCGCCACUGUGGUAGGGUUGAAGAAGAAUUUGAAGCUAAUGGUGCACAGGAAUAUGCCUUGGUUGGCGAAUUUGCUCAAGCUCAACAUAUUGGAGAGGCACGUAGAGAAAUUUUUCACCGAUCUCGUGGUGAAAACGGUCGAGGAGAGGGAACGCAACGGAACCACCAACUCCGAUUUGAUCCAAUUGAUGAUGGAUACGAGGAACAAGAAGGAAUCCGGCAGGAUUUUGACCGUGUCGAACAUGGCCAAUCACGCGUUCAGCUUCUUCUUUGGCGGUUUCGACACGGUCGCGGCGCAAGCGUGCGUGCUUCUGCACAUGCUGGUCGAGAAUCCCGAGGUCCAGAAGAGAUUGCAGCAAGAGAUCGACGAGACGUUGGAGAGUAACAAGGGCCAAUUGUCGUAUGAGGUUAUACAAGAGAUGAAGUACCUGGACGCGGUGAUCAACGAAAUUUUGAGACUGCAUCCGGUCGUUGUGUUCAUAGACAGAAUGUGCGUCAAGAGUUUCGAGCUGCCCCCCGCUUUGCCCGAUGACGUGCCUUUCACCGUCAAGCCGGGGAUGAACGUGUGGAUCCCCGUCAAGGCGAUCCAUCACGAUCCCAAGUACUACGACGAGCCCGAGAAAUUCAAACCGGAGAGAUUUUUGGACAAUGGGAAAAGCAUUAUGAGCUCGGGAACGUAUCUUCCAUUCGGUAUCGGGCCCAGGAUAUGCAUAGGGAAUAGAUUCGCCUUGAUUGAGAUGAAGGUUCUAGUCUGCCAUAUUCUCGCCGUUUGCGACGUAAAGGCUGGAUCGAGGACAGGGAUUCCAUUGGAAUUCGAAAAAGGUGUGUUCAACUCGACUGCGAAAACUGGUUUUUGGUUGAGGAUCGAGCCCAGAAAAUAUUCUUAUCACUCUGGUCAAAGUAAUGGAUUGGUUAACAACGAUGUUAUUAACGGUGCGUGUAAAACAGUGAUUUGAAACAGAAUGAUUUUCAAUCGGGAGUUUUAAUUUUAAAUGGAAAUUAUAUACUGAUAUUAUCGUAAUGAUGAUUAUAAUAUGUAAAUAUAAAAAUAUAAAUAUAAUAUGCUUUCUCUUUUUUUGUUACUGUGUGCUUGAUUUUUGUACGGAUGAAAUAAAACAGAAAAAAAAAACUCUUGUGUAAUUUAUAUGGAUUAUUCAUCGAUUCAUUUUUCCAUUAUUCAUUACGAUUAACAUCAUUAUCGAUGAAACGAACAAAAAAA